ACAGUGUUUGGUGAGACUCGUUAGUUUGAACAGCUUUGAUUACUACUCUAGGUGCGUAAAAUCCACUGUGCGUAUUUACGCAUUUGAAUCUUCAACAGCAGACGUAUUUUAGAAUUGUCGCUUACUAGCUGAGCUUGUUGAGGUUCCUUUGGAGAAGAGGAGAUAUGGAUUUGGUGUAUCUGGUGUGUUUAGCGCUGAGCAUCGGUGCUUGGUUCGCCUGUGCGGAGAGACACAGCGUCUACUGGAACGGCUCGAACCCAAACUUCCUGUGGGACGAGUACACAGUGAACGUGCGCAUCAACGACUAUCUGGACAUCAUCUGCCCCCACUACGCUCACGGCGAGGUGCCAUCGCAUUCAGCCGAGCGCUACGUGCUGUACAUGGUGGAGAGGGAAGACUACGAGGUGUGCAAGCCUCACUCCUUCGACCAGCUUCGUUGGGAGUGCUCGCGGCCAUUCGCUCCCCAUGCGCCUGAGAAAUUCUCUGAGAAAUUCCAGCGUUUUACUCCCUUCACCCUCGGCAAGGAGUUCAGACAAGGAGAGAGCUAUUAUUAUAUCUCCAAGCCAAUGCAUCACCACGGCCAGGAGUGUUUAAGGCUGAGAGUGGAUGUUGUCGGGCAUAAAGGAUCUGGAAAGCCCAAUCAAGAUAAAUCCAAGGCGGAAGAUACAGGAAAAAGCUCAGAUGGGGGAAAAGGGAAGUUUCCUGCUGCUGCUGGAGGAGUUCACAACCCAUCUAACCGGCUCCCAGCAGAUGACCCUGCUGUGAUGGAGCCAAAUGUCCAGAGGAGCAUCGGCAGCUCAGGAGCACAGUUGGUCUCCUUGUCGCUCUUCUUCACCACCAUCCCAGUCCUAUUAGGCCUGAUGCUACACUAAGGCUGAGCUGGACACCACAGCAGAGACAAUGCUAACUCAAUGCUGGUCAUUGGGACCACAAAUGAACUCUCAAAUACUUUUUUCUAAACAGAUUUUUUUAUACAAGAGUGGACAGUGUGUGUUUGUGUGUGUUUGUUUGCGUGAAUGUGGAACGUGGAUCGUUCCAAAGAAGAGGACCUUUUUUUUUUAUGACUUUAUAAUGAGGAUGGAAGUUCUCAUUUUUAAGAUGCACUCUUUUUUUCAGUCAUUACAAACAAAACUGCGAGCAAACUGAUCAAAAAUACAUAAUGGGUAGUAUCAAAUUUGAAGAAUGACAAGAGGAUUACAUUAUCUUCGUUAUCCUGUGUUUUCACCAUUGGUACAGAGUUGCAUUACACUCCUCAUCUCCAGGUGUUAAUGUCAUUUAUUUUUCUUCCUCUACAUGUAGAGACAUUAUUAAUUCUGUGUAGUGGAAAUGUUGUCGUCGACUGCCAAAGUGGUAUGCAUUAUGUAGGAUUUUUUUUGUCAUGUAGUUGUGUAGCACUCAGCUCCCUGUUAAAUCUCCCUGAGUCUGUUAUAUCUAUUCAAGUCUGUCAAAGCACCACUGAUACAAAAGCAGUCACUGUGGUUUAGAUGAACACACACAUUCAGUUCAGUUAUAAGACAACACAAGAAAACAAAUAGUCUUAUUCAGACCAGUGGUUCUCAACCUUUUUUUUCUGCCUUUUUUGGCUCACAAGCCCUUAAAGUGAUGCCUACAGCUGCCCAUGCAGAUUAAACAGUAAAGUUAAUUGUGCUUUUUUACGUUUGAUAAUAUUAAAAUUUUGAUUUGGAUCCUGCCCAGGGACAACAGAUGCAAAUUAGCCACUAGCUAACUCUGUUGCAAUUACUUUUAAUUGUGCGCCGUGCCUGCAAAAACAAACAAUAAUAAAAUACAUUUAUUUUUUGUGUCACAAGUAGUCACUAGUCGAUUACGUGUUCUCCGGAGGGAUUGUGACCUGAGGUUGAGCGCCAUGCGGACACAUUAAGAUACAUUAUAUAACUAACAGGGGUUUUAGGGAGCUGAGCUUCUCCAGUGCUUAUGGUAAUUCACUCAUUUCUACUGUACAUGGUACACUGGUGUGCAGAUGUGGUUCCAAUCGCACAUUGUCAAACCUCAAACUAAAGGGAAUUCCCAGAAUACACUUACAGAUGUUUGUUUUCUUGUUCUCGUGUCAUUUUGUAAAUGUUUAUAUGUAAAUGUGUAUAUAGAAAAAACUAUAAGAAACUGUUUUAUGAUGUGAAAAAAAUCUUCAGUGAAAUAAAAAAAAGUGAUGUAAUGAAAA